AUGGAGGCUUCUAUUGCUGCCUGCAUCCUCGCUGCUCUCCUGGCUACGGGGGCCUGUCUGCGGUGUGAGGUUUGCUUCGGCCUAGGAACCAGCUGCACGGGCGACCUAGAGACCUGCGCGGCCGGGGAAGACUCCUGUGGCGUCGCUCUGACAGAAUCCACACUGGUGCCCCCGGCUGACACCACACCCAACGGCCGGAGCUGCCCGGGCUGUGUCGCUGUGUUUGCUGAUCAGUGCAGCGAGAAGACCAUACAGUGCACGGGCGACGAGACCCGAUGUGUCGACAUCGUCGAGACCCUAACAACUGGUGGAAAUCCAGUGCAGAUGGUCAUGAAGGGCUGCGCUUCCGAGUCCGUCUGCGCCCAGAUAAAAUUGGGUUCGUCGACCUUCGCAGGGCUCAGUGCUGAUCUAACCACGGCCAAAUGCACAGUGGCCUCCGGCGCGGUGGAGGUGGCACCAGGGCCAGGCGGGCUCCAGCUGCUGAAGCUUCUCUCCUGA